UUGCUCUUUGAGGGUUAAAUUCUCACAGACACUUGACUUCCAUGUGCAGACCUCUUACUUUAACCCUCCUCAUUUUUUUUCUCCUCAAGUAAAUGUUAUAAAUAGCGCUGUGUGCUCAGCUCAUCGGCAAAAACUGAACGUCUCACCUUUUCACUCUUCCUCUCUGUAUUUCUCACAGCAGAAACACACUCUGGUGUAGGUUUUGUAACUGCUCUUAUCAGAGUUUUUUUCUGCAUUUUUCUGUGACAAAGUUUCCCCAUUAGAAGCCAUUAGGAUGGGUUCUGUGACCUGCAUGCUCUGGUUGGGAACCUGCAUCCUACUCCUUGGGCCAGCAGGAACGGGAGCCCUGAGCCUGUGCCCGGACAAGUGCCACUGCCAUGGAGACCUACAGCAUGUCAUCUGUGACAGUGUGGGGCUGAAGAAGAUCCCCCAGGUUACGGAUGCCACCCGUCUGCUGAACCUGCAGAGGAACAGCCUGGGCGGCAUACCCUCAGACUCCUUCAGCGAAAGCAAAGGACUAAUUUCCCUGCACAUGCAGCAUUGCCAGCUACGAGAGAUCGAAUCCCAGGCCUUUAAGGGACUGAAGAAACUUGUCUAUCUCUACCUGUCCAACAACAAGAUCAGCAGCAUCAAGUCUGGCGCCUUUGAGGACCUCACCAAGCUAACCUACCUCCACCUGGACGGAAACCAGAUCAGCGAGCUGUCCAAGGGCAUCUUCUCCCCCAUGAUCAACCUCUUUCUUCUGCAGCUCAGUGAUAACAGGCUGCAGGAACUGCAGCCAGGGACCUUUGCAGGCACCAAGGACCUGCGUUGGCUGCAUUUGAGCGGAAAUAAACUGACAACACUGCAGCCAGGAUCCCUGGAUGAUGUGGAGAACCUAGCUAUACUUCACUUAGAUAGGAACAAGCUGUCCACUUAUCCUGGUGCAGCCAUGAGAAAACUACGAGUGGUGGAAGAGCUCAUGCUGGGGAGUAACCCCAUGAGAACGAUCCCAGACAAUGCCUUCCAGAGUUUUGGACGUUACAUGGAGAAACUACAUUUGGACAACAUGGGCUUGGAGAAGUUCUCUGGUGGUGCAUUUAAUGGCGUAACAGCAGUUAAGUUUCUUCACCUGGACAACAACAAGCUUAAGUCCCUUCCUAGCACUAUGCAGUUAGGAACCAUCAUCAACAUGACUGUCUUCAACAACCCCUGGAACUGCUCAUGCCAGCUAGCUCCACUACGCAAAUGGAUGGACUCCCACCAAAAUAAAAUAAACGCAACUUGUGCGUCGCCAACUUCACAGAAAGGCAUACAAGUCAGAGAUAGCAUUGCCUUGAAGCGUUGUAAGAACAAGACAAAAAAAAACAGGACUGGUCGACGUCAUGGAACCUUAAGCUAUACAGGAGGCACAAAAAAGGAGUCUGUCCAGGUGACCAGCUACGACAGCAGCACUUCCUGACUCUCCUCUGAUACCGUUUUAAAGAAAAAGCUUGAUGCAUUAUGGUACAUACAAACACAUAUGCUUUUCUUUACAUCAUUCAUAUCAAAGACUGAAUAAUAAAGUGGAAGCAGCUAUGAAGGAGACAACCAGAACAAAAAACAGUAGAAACAUUUCACAACAAAAAAGGAGAACUUUGUUUUUUUGUGACGUGUUCAAGAUAUUAGUUUGAUUGAGCUAACGCUGAAGAUUUAGUUACAGCUCAGGAGCUUUUAGUAGGCUUCUUUUUACUGAAAAUCAAUCGUUCAUUCAGAAAAGACCCAGGACAUCUAAAUGCAGCCCCUUACAAAAGGUAUUCAUAGCCGUUUUUCACAUUUCGUCACAUUGCAACCACUAACUUCAAUAUGUUUCAAUUUGAUUUAUGUGAUAGUCCAACACAAAGUAGUGCAUAGUUGUGUUGUGCAAUUAUGAUUAUUUGAUCAUGAAUAUUUAUAAAAAUUCAAACUAACAGUCAUAAUUAAUAAGUUAUCAUUUCUAACCAAAAUCAUCCACAACAUUUAGAUAUUCAAAAUAUACUAUGAAAUUGUGAUUGCUACUACAAUUUAAAAAAUAUAAUGAAUAAGUGGAAUUAAUAUUUAAUAAAUAUUAACCAUAAUCACUAAAAGGUAAAUGUAUUAUCAGACAGUUAAACAAAAAGGGAUAAUUCGAGCCCAGGCCGUUAGACAGCAAAUUACUUUUACACAAUAAUAAGCCCAAAAUACUUCACCAGUAGCACUCAGCUAUUAAGCAAACCAUAGCCAGGCCCAUUUAGCAGGGUAGUUAGCACAAAAUAUGAGAAGCACCAAAUAAUAAAUGGAGAUUAUUGCUGUAUUAUCCAAAAAUAACUUCAAAAAGUAAAAAUCUAACUCAAAGGUUAUCUUAAAACCCAUUCAAUGGAAAGACAGUGAAAACCACCAACAUUCAAGAGGAGCUGCAGGGAGAAAAACGUUUAGCUUGAAGCCUGAACGCAAACAGUCCAAAACCUCACAAAAAAUUACAAAAUAACGAUCCUAGAUUGUCCUAUUCUUAAUCUCAGCCCAGACGCAUUAACCUUACUUGACGAAUGUGUUCUUGUGAGCAGGAUCAACAUCGUCCCGUCUAGAACAGUGGCUCUGGCCAGCACAAAAUUGCAUCCAUCUUCUCGGUCCAGAGAGCUGCACACUGGGAUUGCAAUUGAUAAAAGCAGUUCUUUGGUUGGGAUAAUUAAUGUGUUUUAGUCUCUAGUGCAAAAAUGUUUGCUGAUUGUUCUUAGCAAAAUAGCUCAAGAUUGGUCAGACAGGAUGGAGAGCAUCUGUGAACAUCAGUUUUCAAGUGUUGCCACAGAAUCUCAAUUUGACUUUCACUAGGCCAUUUUAACACAUGAAUAUUCAUUGAUUUAUAAACCAUUCCAUUGCAGCUCUGUUUGAAUGUUUAGGUUUGGCAUCCUGUUGGAGGGUGAACCUCUGCCUCAAUCCUCCCAUUUCAAAUACAUGAACCACUUUGGGGUUUUAGAUAACAAACCAACACAAACAAAUAUCAAUUCAAAAAUACUUUAUUAAUCCCAAAGGGAAAUUAAAUUGCUAUUAUUAUUAUAUUAUUAUUUUAUUAUUAUUAUUAUUAUACUGAAGUGUUUGGUUGUAAUGUGACAAAAUGUGGGAAAUUUUAAGUUUAAAGUGUAUGAAUACUUUUGAAACGUGCUGUACGUCCAAAAGAACACGGAAACAGGUGAUUCAGCCAAGUUGUGUUCUUUCAGUGUCAUCCUUCAUUGUAAAAGCCCCCACAAACUGUACAGAGUAUAUUUUUCUUCCCACAGUAUGCAACAAGAGGGCAAAUGCAAGAUUUGUUAAAAAUGUUUUUACUUAAUAAGAUAUAUCUAAGGGGGUUUUGCUCAUUUAUUGUAUAUUCAACAUGUUUAUAUUUCCCUUUUGGAAGUGAUAAUGAUUGUUCACAUCCAAUAAACAUUUUUAAGAAAGUAAA